AAGUAGGAGAAAUAGCAGCGCCAUCUCACUUUUCAUUCAUUGCUGUUGAGGCCUACAUCGUUUUAUAGGAUACACAGAACGUCACCAUGGUGAAAAUUUUUAUCGGCAAUCUUGCCUGCAAUACCACAGCUGAGGAGCUGCGCGAACUCUUCGAGAAGUACGGCAAAGUAUCGGAAUGCGACGUCGUCAAAAACUAUGGAUUUGUGCACAUGAACAACAUGUCUGAAGCGGAGGAGGCCAUCCAGAACCUCCACCAACACCAGCUGCAUGGCUGGCGCAUGAACGUGGAAAUGAGCAAAGGGAGGCCGAAGUCCACCACCAAGCUUCAUGUCAGCAACCUCGGGGAAGGGGUCACCAGUGAUGUUCUGCGGGCCAGGUUUGAGGAGUUUGGCCCAGUGGUGGAGUGCGACAUAGUAAAGGACUAUGCCUUUGUUCACAUGGAGCGAGUGGAGGAUGCCAUGGAUGCCAUCAGUAAGAUGGACAACACAGCCUUCAAAGGCAAGCUGAUGAGCGUACAGCUGUCCACCAGUCGCCUUCGCACUGCCCCAGGAAUGGGAGAUCAUACUGGCUGCUAUGUCUGCGGGAAACACGGUCACUGGUCGAAAGACUGUCCAGUCGGUCGGAACGGUAGCCACGGUGAUGGCACGAGGGCUCGCAGCGACCACGCCCCACCACGCGGUCCCCCAGGUUAUGGCAGGGGCAGCUACGGAAUGGCCUCACCUCCAGCAGCUGAUUACAUGGGUGGCUCUGCGUAUAGUCAGGGUAGUUAUAUGGGUGGGUUGCCGCCUCCCCCCCGUAGACUUAGUGGCUAUGGCUCUGAGCUGGGGGAUAGGUACGUGAGUAGAGCAGCAGGCUCCUACGCUGAUAGGUCAUCAGCUUAUGAUCGAGACCGUCUCUAUAGCAGUGUUGACUAUUAUGAGAAGUACAGAGCUCGCCCUUAUGGCUCAAGCUAUUUCGAGGAUUGUCGCCUGUCCUAUCCCCCACCUCCCCCACCCCCACCUUCCUCCCUUUCAAAGCUCUCCUCCAGUAUAGAUCCAUAUAACCACCGGCCACCGCCUCCACCUUCAUCGACCGCUUCAGCCACCGCAUAUUACGCACAGGACCGAAGCCCGAUCAGACGAGUGCCGGUCUCUACGGCAGGCUAUGCCUAUGAGCGAACACGGCUGUCACCGGUGUCCUCCAGGAGCUCCUACACUGUUCCACGGCCCAAGGAUCAUUACACACCACGAUACACGCCUUACUAAACCCGUUGUGCCAAGGUGAGCAACACAGGUAUGACAGUGGGACAUUGGACAUUUACUGUUACUGGUCAGUGUGCACUGGGAUCUCGCAAAUUUUUUUUAUUUUAUUAUUUUUUUUUUUUAGGUCUGUUUGUGAACCGUGUGAUUUUUCCCUCGCCAUUGUUUUCUUCGAGCCACACAAUUCCAUCAGUCUGAGCUGCAGAAAUUCAGUUCGGAAUCUGUGUCGGCAUCUUCGAGGCACCUGCGAUGCCAGUCGCCUGCAGUCGUCCUUUCAGUCGCAUUCACAUAUUCUGUUUUCAAUAAGGACAAUUCGUACACUUCACUGUUUGACACUUAUGAUGUAUAAACAAUAAUAUUCUCACUUGCUCUGCAGUUUCUCAGCUCAGUAUUUAGUCAUGUCUUUAUUUUGUCGUACCUGCAUUUCUUCCUCACAUGAAGCAAAUUGUUCAGUUCUGCAAAUGUUAGUUGUUUGGCUUUUGUUCUCAUUCCGCAGAAAGCUGGAUUUGUAGCUCUGCGUCAAAUUGCUACACCGUAGCCACAUGCUGCCGCUGUAGCUGAUGUUCACCUCCUGAAAAAUGUAACUACGUGUCAGGGCCAUGGCUUUGAUAGAGAAACCAUGUGGGGACAGCAAGAACUGUGAUUGGCCGCUGGUGUUUCCUCCUACAAGUUAUUGACACAACAGUGUGUCCACAUCCAUGCAACUGACCUGGCUGAGUGUUCAGUCAGGAUACACAUUCACACUUUGAGUGAUGUGAGAGAGAAUUUAAUCAUCUCAAACAUUCCAGCCUCUCAUUUUUUUUUUCUUUUUCUAAUUUCAACAAUGUGUCCUCAAAAUAUAAAGAUUUUAUAAAACUUGUUUACCUAUGUGGUGAUCUGAGGUCAAAAAUUCUUGAUUGCAAGGUGUUGUUCAGUGACACCAAAACAAAGCUUGACGAGCUUUGUGCAAACAAAAUGUUUUUCUUCCAGCUGACAAUGUUGCACACUUUGACUUUACAACAACGAAUCCUUCAAGUCUGGGAUGGAUGUGUAUUGUACCCAUAUAACGCAACAUGCAGUAGAUAUAGAAAUGUGUGAAAUGUGAGGCGGGACUCAGGGCUUGGGGCUGUAUAAGUCAUGAGGCACUUGCUUUGCUGAAGGUGCCUUUGUUAGUUUUGCAUAUAGGUGGAUUUGAAGUUUGUAUUUUUUCAUACUAGCUGUAAGAGUACCAGCAUAUGUUUAAAAAAGAAAUCUACAAAUGAAUAUGAUUUUUAAUAAAGCCAAAAUGAUUUUGGUCUCAACUUGUUUCAGUUCCAACACAUUUUUCUUUCUUUUGAUUUUUGAGACUGAGGAUUGCGG